GAAAUGAUGGGUAUUAAAUGGCAAAGGAUUCUCAAUGUUCAAGUCCCCGCGGCACCAUGUAUGUCAACAGGAACAGGAUGUCUAAGUUGAUGAGUAGCACCAUACCCAGGUACUACAAUCAUUAAAUUGACGAUUAACGCUGCACACCGCCUUGGGCAGAACAUAAUUUUCUAAAUUGAUCUGGACUUGCGCAUCAUAAUUUCGAUAAAUCGUUCACCAGUUGUUUGCGUUAUCUCGCACGUUAAAUUUCAAUCCGAUCAAGUGGCUCCUUCACCUCGAAUUAUUGCGCUUUUGGCCCGCAGGGCUGGAAGAAUGAAUCCUACUAUGGCGCUCGUUGAAACUUCAGUCGGGUAUCCUCCCGUGGAAGAGAAGAAACCAUUUGAAGAACCCCCCGCAGUUGUGGUUACACCUUCCGAUCCAUGGCCGCGACCAUAUUAUUUAGAUAAUGGGUUACGCAGAGUCGCGCCGUACCAUUUCACCUACAAUACAUACUGCAAACAAAGAUGGAGAGGAAGAGAAAUAUUGGAUAUAUUUUCAAGCGAAUUUCGAGAUAGGCCAUUAGAAUACUACAAAGAUGCUAUGGAGCGCGGAGCUAUCGCUGUGAAUGGAAAACCUGUCGAGUCAACUUCACAAAUCAUCAAGAAUGGAGAUGUUAUAUCACAUACUUUACAUCGCCAUGAACCUCCCGUUACAGCUCUGCCAAUAUCGGUCGUACAUGAAGAUGAAGAUAUCAUUGUCAUCAACAAACCUUCCGGCGUCCCCGUCCACCCAGCUGGUCGAUAUAAUUACAAUUCCGUAGUUGAAAUUAUGAGGGCUGAGCGCGGCCAUGGCUGGAACCCACUUCCGUGUAAUAGAUUGGAUAGACUGACCAGUGGUAUCAUGUUCAUUGGAAAACACGCCAAGGCCGCAGAAGCACUAAGUUUACAAAUAUCAGGACGCACUGUCAGAAAAGAAUACAUAGCACGAGUGAAAGGAAAGUUUCCAGACGGAGAGGUUGUGUGUGAUAUGCCAAUUCUGCAGAUAUCACCAAAACUGGGGUUGAAUCGUGUGAGGGCAAAUGGUAAAGCUGCGCGCACGGUUUUCAAGCGCCUUGCAUAUUAUCCUCCAGAACAAACUGAAGACAGCUCCGAACAGACAGAGCUAGAUCAGUCGAGACCAUCAAUAACAAAGGAAGGCUACUCGAUCGUUAGAUGCCUUCCAGUCACUGGUCGUACGCAUCAGCUCAGGGUUCAUCUACAGUUUCUAGGCCAUCCUAUUGGCAACGAUCCUAUAUAUUGCAAUCAACGUGUAUGGGGAACAAGGCUUGGAGCAAAUGACUCGGACGCAACUCAGGAUACGGAUGAAGACAUCAUUACUCGUCUUUCGAGGAUGGGCAAGUCAGAAGUUGCUGAUGCUGUAGCCUACCAUGAUGAAAUGGUAGACGAAUACAAUAAGAAGAAAGCCGAGAAGAUGUCCGGAGAGCUAUGUGAAGUAUGCCAGACCCCAUUAUAUACCGACCCUGGUGAACAGGAGUUAUCUCUAUGGCUUCACAGUCUUCGUUAUGAAGAUGCUGGAGGCUCUUGGAGUUAUGUGAGUCCUCUCCCAGCCUGGGCUUUACCCCCUGAUGGUAUGGAUGGACCAACCGAAGUUGGAGGUAUGGAAGAAUUAGUCGAGGCAGUGAAGGAAGACAAUCCCGAAAUUGCAUGAGCCACCACACCUUGAAAGUCAUGCCUAUUAUCGACCUUAUUUCGAUAUGUCCUUCUGGAUUUACUUAGCUAGGUACCAAGAGAAUCUAUUCAGAUCCAUGCUAUACACACCAUAGGGACUAACGACAUCCAUGAUCCAACCCUUUUUGACUCUUUACACUGCAUAUCACGGAAGACGGGCUGUUUUUAUGUGGGUAAAGGUAGUCGAAUUGUCUAAAAGAGGUAUUACGAGGGAGGAUCUCAUGCUCCACUUAAGUAGCUAAUCUCACGCAAAGGCUUCCUCCUCAAUUCACUUCUUCCUUCUAUCACUUUGAUUGCAGGUUUUAGUGAGGGCGAUAAGAUGUUGCUAUCUAUCUUCCGGGAACUUCCCAGUAACGCCGCGGAAGAUCGAAUUGGCCCCAACGCCCACGUGUGAUAACGCACGGAUUCGGGAUUGCCGAUCUUUGAUUUCAGUUAAUAAAUUUUGAUCCAUUUGUGAAAUUCGUUGAAUCUGAAGGACUUUUGAAAUCUGGAUCCUCAAAGAGUCCCAGGAAGCCUCAAGAGUUGGCUGUUGUAUUUGUCGAGACUGCGGUCCAUCAGUCCUUGGCUAUUAGCAUCGUUGCCAUUUGCUGACUACAGAAACGGAUACUCGAGUACAGUUUAUGAUACACGUGAGCAGGGGAGAUACCGAAUCCUACCUACCUAAUAACAUCGAUAUUUGUUCACGAGACUGCUAGUCACCGCUAGAAGAGUUACUGGAUUAUUCCAACACUAGGGGACCUUAUUAGGACUGCUGCAUUAUUAGUAUUGGAAUAUCUAAUCCAAUUGGAGGGCUUGAGUCCCGGUGAAUAUAUACGGACGAGGUACAUAGUACGUGUGUAUAUACGAUGCACAGAAGGGACGGCAUGAACCCUCCUCUAACCUAUUAGUUUUAGAAAUCUAUAAUCGAAACUUUUUUUCCCCAUACAUCCAAGUCAAGUUCGAUUGAGUUCAUUAAUCUCGCUCAUACGAGAUGUUAUUCUCGGAAUUUCAUUGGUAAAAC